GCUCGGGCUGGAACUCAGGGAAGGCUGCAACAAGUUGAGCUGAAGCCUGAAGCAGAGCUGGUCCAGAGUGGAGGGCUCCCAUGCAGUGCCUGGCGGCCAAGGGGUGACUCCUGGUGAUAUUCAAGCAACCAAUUCAGACAGAUCAGGUGACUGCUGUCGCUGCCACUUCAAGAAACUUCAGCAACCAUGGCCACCUGCCAAGAUGCAGACAAUAGCUGGGUUCUUGCUGGCUCAGAGAGCCUGCCUGUGGAGACCCUGGGCCCAGAGUCCAAGGUGGUCCUAGAAACUGAGGGAGUCUCCACAGCCCCUCGCAGCCCCUCACAGUCUGCUGGUGAAGCUGGGAUUCCAAACGGUGAAGAGACCAGCUUCCAGAGGGAUGGUGCCCAAUCUGGCUUGGACUCAUCAGGGGAUGUCCAGGUCCAGGCCACCGUAGAAGCCAAGGGCCAUGGUGUGGAUCUGUCUGGCUCAGAGGACACAGUGCUGCCCGGAGACUUGAAGGAGCCCCCCUCGGAGGAGCCCUCUUCAGAAGCAGACUCAGGUGCACCAGCCCUGGACGAUGCACCAGUGUCUGAGGACACUAGUCCCCAAACCCCUUCCUCACUUCCAAAAGCUGAUUGGCUCCGGACGGAGAACCAGCGCUCCAGCAGCGAGGACGACACCGAUGUGGAUGUGGAGGGCCUGCGAAGACGGCGAGGUCGUGAUCCCAGCCACCCUCAGCCCGUGGCCUCCCUCGGCGUGGUUGAGCAGGUGGGGCACGAAGAUUCGAGUGGCGAGCUGGGCAUCUCCCUCAACAUGUGCCUCCUUGGGGCCCUGGUUCUGCUGGGUCUGGGCAUCCUGCUCUUUUCUGGUGGCCUCUCAGAGUCUGAGAGUGGACCCACUACAGAGGAAGCAGAGCUACAGACAUUUCUGGAUCCCGAAGUGCAGGAUGCCAGGGCAGCUGGGCAGGUGGGGCUUGGGCAGCAGCCCCCAGCAUCCCCAGGCAGUGCCCCCAGCCUGCAAAGCAUGGCCCUGCUCCUGGACAAGUUGGCCAAGGAGAACCAGGACAUUAGGCUGCUGCAGGCACAGCUGCAGGCCCAGAAGGAAGAGCUUCAGAACCUGAUGCAUCAGCCCAGGGGACUCGAGGAAGAGAAUGCCCAGCUCCGGGGGGCUCUGCAGCAGGGCCAGGCAUCUCAGCAGGCUCUGGAGUCAGAGCUGCAGCAGCUGCGAGCCCGGCUGCAGGGCCUGGAAGCCAACUGUGAGCGGGGCAAAGAUGGUGUGUGCUUGGGUUGGGGCACAGGGUCUCGGGGUAGCCAAAUCCCCAAAGAUCCAGGUCCCAGCUUCCUGGAGCAGAAGGAGCGGCUGGAGGCUGAGACCCAGGCCCUGCGCCGAGAGCUGGAGCGGCAGAGGAGGCUACUGGGCUCGGCACAGCAGGACCUGGAGCGCGGCCUGAAGCACAUGAGCCAAGGGGAUGUGGCUGCGGCCGACCUCACUGAGCUGGGCCGCAAACUGGCCCAGAAGCUGGAGAGUCUGCAGAACUGGGGCAAGGACUCUGGGGUGCCUGCUAAUGCCUCAGAGUCCUGGCAUCAGGAGACCUGGUCCCAGAGCGCCAAGGAGCGAAGUGGCCGGGAGAAGUGGCGUGACAAUCAGGGACAUGGGAAGGCUGAGUCCUGGAAGCAUCAGAAGGAGUCUACCCGGGAAAGGAAGAAGAGCUGGGGGGGAGAAGCCACAGAGCAUGCAGGACGGUGGAAAGAAGGCAAGCAGAAGGCAGAGGGUUGGACCAACAAGUACGACAGCAAACGACAAGGCUCCCAACAGCCCUCCAAGAAAAGUGGGAGCUUCCACUCAUCUGCAGAGAGACAGAAGCAUCCUCAGCGGAAGGAAGAAGCUAAAGACCGGCACGACCACCAACUUUGGUCUGAGCUGUCCAGGCACAAGUACCGGGCCCCACAGGGCUGCUCUGGGGUGCGUGACUGUGCCCGGCAGGAGGGUCUGACCUUCUUUGGCACUGAGCUGGCGCCUGUGCAGCAGCAGGAGAUGGCGUCACUGCUGAGGACCUACCUGGCACGGCUGCCCUGGGCCGGCCCCCUGCGCGAGGAGCUUCCCCUAUCCCCGGCUUACUUUGGCGAGGAUGGCUUCUUCCGCCAUGACCGCCUCCGCUUCCGGGACUUUGUGGAUGCCCUGGAGGAUAGCCUGGAGGAGGUGGCCGUGAGACAGACAGGGGACGAUGAUGUGGUGGAUGACUUUGAGGACUUCAUCUUCAGCCACUUCUUCGGGGACAAAGCACUGAAGAGGAGAUCCGGGAAGAAAGACAAGAAGACAUGGAGCCCCAGAGUGAUGGGGCCUCGGGAGGAGCACAGCCAGCAUCACAGAGGCUGAGACCCACCCUGGCCUGCCCUGCUCAGAGCUACCAGCACUAAGAUGGGCCUCAAUACCAGCCUGGCUCGCUAUGCAAAUUAUGCAAAUUACCACACGUGUAGGUCCCGUGUGCAGAGACUGGGAAAGCCGUCUGUUUUGUUUUGUUUUUAUUUUGCAAUAGGAGUAGGGUGAGUAGUGGCUU